AUGUCGGAAUCACCAGUGCGGUCUUCGAGACGUGUGGCUUCUCGCCGGAAAGUGGUAGUGGAAUCGUCAGACGAAGGGGAGAAUAUGGAAGUCAAAGUUGAGGAAGAUGGUGAGGAGGAGUUUACACCUGCGCCGAAGCGUAGUCCACGAAAAGCACCGCAAUCGAGAAGGAAGACAACGAACUCAAUUGCAGCUACCCCUCGCACAGGCGGCCGAGCAAAAAAGAGCAUGGGAGCAGAAAACAUGGAGCCCUCAGAAGUGUUCGAUCCUAAUCAGACGGCAACUCCAGCACCGGAGUCACCUACGAAAAAGGCAGCCCCGCGGAAGAGGAAGAGUGUGCUGCCCACCAGAAGUGCACGCAGCUCAAUUGCACCCGAAUCAAUCCCACUUCUACCAACACCGACUACGUCACAAUCUCCUGAGCCAUCUGAAAUGCACAAUAGCACAGUUUUGACCGAUGUCGUAGAAAGGCCUAGGACUUCGGAGGGUCAAGCGUCAGAUGUCAAACCUAUACGAGCAAUGGAUACAAUGAUGGAAAAGCCCAUGGAUAUUGUGCUUAAGUCAAGGACUUUGGCAGCUCCAGUGGUUGAGGAUACCGGUCCAAAGGCUCGAAUAGUCAUCACUUAUUUGAUUCUUACGAAUUUCAAGAGUUACGCCGGUCGUCAAGAAGUUGGCCCUUUCCAUUCUUCUUUUUCUUCUGUCGUUGGCCCCAACGGAUCCGGGAAAUCCAACGUCAUUGAUUCUCUUCUUUUUGUAUUUGGCUUCCGAGCUAGUAAAAUGCGACAAGGCAAGAUUUCCGCAUUAAUUCACAACUCUGCAGCCUUCCCGGAUUUGGACCAUUGUGAGGUUGCCGUACAUUUCCAAGAAGUGAUGGAUCAGCCUGAUGGUACUCAUCAAAUCAUUCCCAAUUCUGAUUUAGUGAUAUCCCGCAGGGCUUUCAAAAACAAUGCCAGUAAAUAUUAUAUAAACGGAAAAGAGUCAAAUUUCACUAUUGUCACGACACUUCUUCGUGACAGAGGCGUCGAUCUAGAUCAUAAAAGAUUUUUGAUCCUCCAAGGUGAAGUCGAGUCAAUUGCUCAAAUGAAGCCAAAAGCUGCAAAUGAGCACGAUGACGGGCUAUUGGAAUACCUGGAGGAUAUCAUUGGUACAUCCAAAUAUAAAACCCCUAUUGAAGAAUCCGCUGCCGAAGUGGAAACGUUGAAUGAAGUAUGUGUUGAAAAGAGUGGGCGGGUCCAGCAUGUCGAAAAAGAGAAAAAUGCACUGGAAGAUAAGAAAGACAAAGCACUUGCUUACAUCAGGGAUGAAAAUGAAUUGACUAUGAAACAAUCAGCACUAUAUCAAGUUUAUAUCAAUGAGUGUGGCGAUAAUCUAGCGGUUACAGAAGAGGCUAUCGGCCAGAUGCAGGCACAGCUAGACGCUGAGAUGGAAAAACAUCAAGGCAACGAAGCAGGUAUCAAGCAGCUUGAGAAAGAGUACAAGAAGGGUCAGAAGGAGUAUGAGUCGGUGGAAAAUUAUACGCAAGCAAUUCUUAAGGAGAUGGCAAACCUCGAUCAAGAGCGAGUGAAGCUUGAAGAGAAAAGGAAAUUCUUGACAAGCAAACAGAAGAAGCUGGAAAAGACUAUCAAUACAUCCGAUUCAGCUAUUUCCGAAUCUCGGGCUACAAUCGAGAAGUUUGCAGAAGAAAUUCAGGAAUCUGCCGCUGAGAUCACUGCAACUGAACAGAGGAUGGCCGAAGAAGAGUCAGAGCUCGCUAAUAUCAGGGAUAGUCUUAAGGGGAAAACGCAAAAAUUUUCCGAUCAAAUUGCGGCCAAGCAGAAGUCACUGGAGCCCUGGAACGAGAAGAUUAAUCAAAAACAAUCUGCGAUUGCUGUAGCAGAAAGUGAGCUCGCGAUCCUACAUGAGAAGGCAAAUGCCGGUGCUGUGGCACUCCGGGAGAUCCAAUCAAAGGUGCAGACUAUAGAAGAAAGUAGGCAGGCUAAACUCGAAGAACUUGAGCAAUGCAAGGGCCAAAGAGCGAAGCUGGAAAAAGAUGGUGCUCGACUACAAGCCGAGCUCACACAGCUGUCCCAGAAAGAGCCAGAAUUCCGUUCUAAACUAUCAGGUGCUCGCCAAAAAGCCGAUGAAGCCCGUGCUAGUCUUUCGAACACUCAAACUCAAGGGAACGUUCUUACGGGACUAAUGAGACUUAAAGAGUCUGGUCGGAUUGAUGGUUUCCAUGGCCGGCUUGGAAAUCUAGGCACAAUUGACCAGCAAUUUGAUAUCGCAAUUUCUACCGCAUGUGGUGCCCUGGAUAACUUUGUCACAGAUACAGUCGAGGCUGGUCAGCAGUGUAUCGAGUAUCUUCGAAAAACAAAUCUUGGACGAGCGAAAGAUUUAGCACAGGCUAACCGCAUCGCUUAUGGGGCGAAACGAUGGCGUGUCGUGACUUUGGAUGGCCAAUUGAUUGAUAAGUCAGGUACGAUGUCUGGUGGUGGAAAUACUGUCAAGAAGGGACUGAUGUCCUCGAAACUCGUGGCCGAGGUCUCUAAAGAGCAAGUCUCUAAGUUGGAAGUAAACAGAGAUGAGCUUGAACAGACUUUCCAGAAGUUUCAAGGCCGCCAAAGAGACCUAGAGACGAGGCUUAGAGAUAUAAACCAUCAAAUACCACAUCUUGACACUAAAAUGCAAAAGCUCGUUCUGGAGGUAGAGAGUUCCGAGCGAAACUUGGCAGACGCACAAAGACGCAUCAAGGAAUUGAGCAAGGAGCACCAACCCUCACAAACGGACGACAGUCGAGUGUCUGCACUAAAUAAAGACAUCGCGAAACUUCAAAAAGAAAUCGAGAAGCUUCAUGCUGAAACAGCGAGCGUUGAGGAAGAGAUCAAAGGUCUUCAGGAUAAGAUCAUGCAGGUUGGUGGCGAGAAGCUUCGUGCUCAGCGUGCCAUGGUGGACUCCUUGAAGGAAGAGAUUGAUACCCUCAGCCAGGCCAUGUCAACAGCGGAAGUGACAAAAACCAAAGCUGAGAAACAAGUCGUUAAGCACGAAAAAGAUCAUGCCAAGGCUACCAAGGAAAUACAGGCUUCCAUUGCCGAGCUAGAAGCACUAGAAGAGGAGAUUCAAAAGCAAGGAUCAAAUUCUGAAGGAUCGCAAGCCAAAGUCGACGAAGCCCAAGAGACCUUGAAAGAAAAGAAGAAGGAGCUUAAUGCUUUGAAAGCCGAUCUUGAUGAGAAGACUUCCGAGCUCAAUGACAUCCGUGCAAUUGAGAUAGAGAUGCGCAACAAGCUUGAAGAGAACCAUAAAGUAUUAGCCGAAAACCAAAAGCGACUAAGAUAUUGGCAGGAAAAGUUGGGCAAACUUACUUUGCAAAAUAUUGGCGACCUGGGUGAAGGAGUUGAACAGGAAGAACUUCCCACUUUUACCAGAGAUGAACUCGCAGAUAUGAGCAAAGAGGCAUUGAAAGGAGAGAUUGCAAUUCUAGAAGAGAAAACUCAGAAUGUCAAUGUCGAGCUAGGUGUUCUUGCUGAAUAUCGUCGAAGAGUUGAAGAACACGCUGCAAGGAAUCAAGACUUACAAAGUGCCGUAACUCAAAGAGACAUGGCAAAGAAACGCUGUGAUGAUUUACGACGUCUACGUCUUGAAGGGUUCAUGGAAGGCUUCAGUACGAUUUCUCUUCGACUGAAAGAAAUGUACCAAAUGAUCACAAUGGGAGGAAACGCCGAAUUGGAACUGGUGGACUCGCUAGAUCCAUUCUCUGAAGGAAUCCUAUUCAGUGUGAUGCCACCGAAGAAGUCUUGGAAGAACAUCUCAAACUUGAGCGGUGGUGAAAAAACAUUAAGCAGUUUAGCACUUGUUUUUGCUUUGCACCACUACAAACCAACACCCUUGUAUGUCAUGGACGAGAUCGAUGCGGCUCUUGAUUUUAGAAAUGUUUCUAUCGUAGCAUCCUACAUCAAGGAACGGACCAAAAACGCACAAUUCAUUGUUAUCUCACUGCGGAACAACAUGUUUGAACUCGCAAGUAGAUUAGUUGGUGUAUACAAGGUCAAUCAUAUGACCAAGAGUGUGACGAUAGAGAAUAAGGAUUACAUUACGGGUCGAGCGUAA